AUGGAUAAUCGGCGAAGUCCACUAGGGAUCAAGAUCGAGGAAUCAGAAUCAGAGGAUAGAGCCGGUUUCUUCGUCUUCACGGGCUCCGACAGUGAACCAUGGCGUCGGCGUCGGCGAUCAAAAGAGCUUCAGCGCGAUCUCGAAAACCAAGCCAACGCCCUCAGCAAAAUCCAGAAAGACAUCUCCAAGAACCAUCAAGUGAGGAAGCAGUACACCAUCCAGCUUGGAGAGAACGAACUUGUUCUCAAGGAGUUGGAUCUUUUGAAAGAGGAUGCGAACGUGUACAAGCUGAUUGGACCGGUGCUUGUGAAGCAAGACCUUGCCGAGGCCAGAGGCAACGUCGGCAAGCGCAUUGAAUACAUCUCUGCCGAGCUGAAGAGGUUGGAGGGAACUUUACAGGAUUUGGAGGACAAGCAAAACAGCAAGAAGGAGUCGAUAUUUAAAUUACGACAGAAGAUGGAAACUAUACAGGCUGGGAAAUCUUAGCUCUAGAAUGGUUGUCACAGCAAAUUUCAUCCAUCUUGCCUGUGUUGUCCCCCUUGUCAGCAUUUCUCCCUUGUAUAAUGAGAAUGCUUUUGGUAGUUUAUUAAACUAUAACUUCUAUUGAUUGUAUUGUGGUUUUCCCCGGAGUUACUGAUAUGCAACAUCAAUUUCUGAGUUAGUUCAAGUGUUUGGAAAAGCUGAUUCAAGGCUGACUUUAACUUA